AAUGGACGUUCUGACCACCGACUAUACGGCCAGCUACAGACCCGAGUACAUGAACUUCAGCGAUGCGGACUUGAGAAGGGCCGUGAAUCGGCACCUGCCUGACCAAUCGCAAGAGUGGUCAGCGGACGUCCUGGUGUGUCUGCAGCUCAGGAAGUUCUCCCGCUUUCGCGAUGAGUUACGCAGUCCGGAGAAAGCCGCUAGCUUAAAACUGUACCUGGGCGCGUACCUGGUCUAUAAGAUGAUGACCUUUGCGUCGCGAUACCUAACGCGCGCCAUGAUGGAAGAUAAAGGCACGCUUUCGGCUGUAGACCGAUACUUGAGGGCGCAGUGCACAGACCUGAUCAACACUGCCUUGCCCCUGUCUGUCUGGAAGUUCCAGCAGGACAAGAUUGAUAACGCUUCGCGACUUGCCAUCUUCGACAUCUACGCCCGCGUGCUCCGAGCGCUCGUGGACGUCGUCGCAGGCCAUGACAGCAAGAUCGCCUCCAGUAUAGCCGAAUAUGCGCACACGCUAUCCCUCGGUGCUUUCAACUUGACCAUCAAGCGAGAACAACUGGAAGCGCUGUACGCGUUUGUGCCUCAACUAAGAAUUGAAAAACUGCGGUCAUUUCUACACCUGUACACCAUGGUUAUGGCCUCUACACUAACGGCGCUUAAGGAUUCCGUCAACGCCCUCAGGGGGAACCUAGUGCAUGUUCCGCACCUGGCAACAAGUUCCGUCUACCGUCUUCUAGUGGCACGCGAGAUAGCGAUCCCGCCAUAUGCAUUACUGUGGCCCAUGUUUCAUCGCGAAUAUCCUGCGGCAGUGAACAUGGGGCUGCUGGGAACGCUCAUCGCUCGAGGUCUGGUGGGCAUGGUGCAUUACAUGUUCUUCCUGGAUAACGACUUCCAGCCCCUGCCUCUGGCCCAAGUGAAGUUUCCACCUGCGCUGCUGGACUUCAUCGAGCGCCUUCAGCAAAGUCUUGACUACAGCUUCCAGAGGUUAAAAAACGGGACAACGUCGAAGACAGAGAUCGAGAAGCUGAUCAAGGAAGUCAUCGCGGGACAUGUGGUGAGGAGGGCUCUUGCCACGGUGUCGUCGCCGAGGCCCACCGCUUACUUCUCAGGGCUGCCUGCAGAACGACUCUUGUACAUGGCCACUUGCUUCAGAUACUGCCAGAUGAUACCGACAUUGAGGAACUUCGCCGCCUGUAACGUGGUUGUGCCGCACCUUCCUGGGUUUACGCAGGCGUUCGGUUGCAACGUUACGCCGGGCUCCGCGUACUCCUUGGGCGACAUUCCUGAAGCCGCGCCGAAGAAUGAGGACGUUGGACGUAGUACUACCGAACGUUUGACGAUUUAAUACUCCUGGCCGAAGGCCUGAUAUAACAGGACUUGAUCUUUGCUCUUAUGGGUCUUAUUUUUCCAGUGAAUGACGUAUUUAUUUGA